AUGUUCCACCAGCUGACGGAUCAGACAGUGAAUGGCAGCUGCCAGGGAGCCACCUCUGUGUGCAACAAGAGCGCUGAUGGAGACGCGCUCCAGCUGCCUACUUUCUCCACCGCGGCCAAAGUCAGAGUCAUAAUCACCUUCACUCUGUGCGCAGUGUCAGCUGUAUGCAACUUGGUUGUGCUCUGGGCUGCCAGCCACGGCGGCAAGCGCAAGUCACACGUCAGGAUCCUCAUAAUGAACCUGACCGUAGCCGACCUGCUGGUGACUUUCAUCGUCAUGCCCGUGGAUGCUGUGUGGAACAUCACGGUGCAGUGGCAGGCUGGAGACAUCGCCUGCCGGCUUCUGAUGUUCAUGAAAUUGGUGGCAAUGUAUUCCUGCGCUUUUGUAACUGUGGUCAUUAGCUUGGAUAGACAGUCUGCCAUACUCAAUCCCCUGGGCAUAAGUGAGGCCAAAAGGAAAAGCAAAAUCAUGUUGACUGUGGCUUGGACCAUGAGUGUGAUCCUCUCGCUCCCACAGAUGUUUAUAUUUCACAAUGUGACCAUCACAGUCCCGGAGAACUUUACCCAGUGCACCACCCAUGGCAGUUUUGUCCAGCACUGGCAGGAGACCCUCUACAACAUGUUCACCUUUGUGUGCCUCUUCCUCCUGCCUUUGGUCAUCAUGAUUUUCUGUUACACAAGAAUCCUUAUUGAGAUAUCCAGCCGCAUGGCUCGGAAUAACUUGCUGUCUAGAGAGGUUCAUCUUCGCCGUUCCCAUAACAACAUCCCUAAAGCUCGGAUGAGGACUCUUAAGAUGAGUAUCGUCAUUGUGACAUCAUUCAUCAUCUGCUGGACCCCAUAUUACCUACUGGGUCUGUGGUAUUGGUUGUUUCCUGAAAAAAUGGAGGAGACGGUCUCUCAUUCAUUGACUCAUAUGCUGUUUAUUUUUGGCCUCUUUAACGCCUGUCUAGACCCCAUCACUUAUGGUCUGUUUACUAUUCAUCUUCGCCACGGUCUUAAGAGAUGUCGGAGCUUAAACACACCGACUAAAUCAGAAAACAACACUUGCCUUAUGCACAUGACUCGUCUGUCCUCUCUCAGGCAGACUGCCUCAGGUAGCCACAGUGCAGACAUAGAGGAAGGAAAUGACAACAACAGCAUUAAAAGCAGCCCAAAGCCUAUCAUCCCAGUAAGCAAGAUAUAAUGGCUCAAGGAAUCCCAAUAAAAAGAAUCUCAGCUCCUAAUCAGUAUUGAGCUCAGUCUUUCUCUGGAGAUGACAGCUUUCAAAUGCUGUUGCUCCACAAAAAAAUCAUUGUUCUUUUGUCAGACAAAUCUGUUAGUUUUUGUUCCACUGAUCUAAUUGAUGAUGUAUCACUGCUCAGCCCUGGUUUGUUUAUCCCGCAGUCUGUCACACAUAAUAGCUCGGAUGCCACUGAUUAGAUUUGGACAAAACGCUGCAGAGUGAUGCGUGUCACUGGUCUUUUUGCAGCAUUUACAAAAUAACCAUGAUCAGCUGAGGGUGAUGCUGUACAGAUCACACAGAAUAUCUCACACAAUGCUGAUCUGUAUUUUCAUGAAGCUUAAAGACUCGUGUGGGUAAGUUUAAAUUCAGGUCAUGCAAAUGAUAAAUCUACUAUAAAUUAACUGAAAUGUCUUGAACCCAUAUUUUCAAGUUCAAUUCUUGAUAUUAGUGGGUUUAAAAAUAAACUUCAAUUGACCACCCACAACACACACACACACACACACACACACACACACACAG